AUGGAGUACAAGCAAACAGGCAAGCGCAAGAACCGACUCAAUGAUGAAGAUACAGCAGCUCCACGACCGCGUGCAGUGCGUCAACGACCAGGACUAGAAGAGUCAAGCGCGCCGGAAAACAACUCGUCACGACAAGAAGAAGACGAAGAAACGAAGGAUUCUGGUGAUUCAACACCGCCUGUGUUUUGGCGUGCGAGUGCAAAUGCCGUUGAAGCAGCAGUGGACUUAUCAGAACCCUCAACAUUUGAAGCAGCAGUAAGCGGCCCUGACCAAGUGCACUGGAGAAAAGCAAUUCAUGCAGAGCUCGAGUCAAUGCGACUUCGCGGUGUGUUUCGUGCAGCCAAGCUGCCCAACGGACAACGCGCCAUUGGCACAAAAUGGGUGUUCAAGAUCAAGCGCAAGGCGGAUGGGUCAAUCGAGAAGUACAAGGCACGACUUGUGGCCAAGGGUUUCCGCCAAAAGUAUGGAAUCGACUACACGGAGACGUUUUCGCCCGUGGUCAAGUGUGUGACGCUGCGAAUGGUGAUCGCAAUUUCCAAGCAUUUUGGAUGGCCCAUCGACCAGCUUGAUGUGGUGACAGCUUUCCUGUAUGGCGUCAUGAAGGAACAAGUGUUCUGCGUGAUUCCUGAAGGCGUCGAACUUGACAGUACGUUCGACUGCCUGGAAUUGGUGAAGUCAAUUUACGGCCUCAAGCAAGCGUCGCGAGUGUGGAACGAGACGUUCGACGAGUAUGUGUGCUCCAUCGGAUUUCAAGUAUCGGACUUCGACCCAUGUCUCUGCAUCAAGACUUCGGACGGCCAUUGCGUGUUUAUACUGGUCUACGUGGACGACGUCUUGGUGACUGGAAGCUCGCUCGAGCUGAUUGCACAAACCAAGAACGACCUGAAGACGCGGUUCGAAAUGACGGACAGCGGCAAGUGUGCGUUUGUUCUUGGGAUCGAGCUUUUGGACGGUGAAGAUGGCAGUGUGACACUAUGUCAGCGUCGGUAUGUCGAUGAUAUCCUCAAGCGCUUUGGCAUGGAUGAUUUCAAGGCAGUCGCAAGUCCAGUCGACAUGAGCUCUCGACUUGUUUCAAGUGAUGCAACUACCAAGGUCGAUGCUCCUUUUCGCGAAGCUGUUGGUGCGUUGAUGCACCUGACCACUGCAACGCGUCCGGACAUUGCGUUUGCUGUGGGCUAUGUGUCGCGGUUCAUGGAAAAUCCCCAAGAAGAACACUGGGUUGCAGUUAAGCGUAUCUUUCGCUACCUACAAGGCACCAAGACGCAUGGAAUUUGCUACAAGCCAAGUGCAAGGAUCGACUUCCGUGGAUAUUCGGAUGCGGAUUGGGCUGGUGAUCUUACCGACCGCAAGUCAACAUCGGGGUACACGUUCAUGCUACUCGGUGCGCCAGUCAGUUGGGGCAGCAAGAAGCAGCCAAGUGUUUCGUUGUCCACGAGUGAAGCCGAAUACAUCGCACUCAGCUUGGCGAUUCAAGAGGGCAAGUGGAUUCAUCGUCUGCUUUGUGAGAUCGUGAUGGCUGCCAAUGAAGAAGGACCGGAACUCAUGAUCCAUGAAGACAAUCAGUCGUGUAUCAAGAUGACGAAGAACCCAGUCAACCACGGCCGUGCCAAGCACAUUGAUAUCAAGUACCAUCACAUCCGUGAUGAGGUCAAGCGCGGUGAAGUGAAGCUCAAGUACUGUGAAACUGCGGUGAUGUUAGCGGACAUCAUGACGAAGGGACUUCACGGGCCACGCCACAAGGAGAUGACGGCGACUCUCGGGAUUCGUGAGCAUUCGGAUUGA